UAUUUUUUUGGUGACUUUUGUAUUAUAGAAGAUGUUAGCAAUAGGAUUUCCACGCCACAGAUGGGAGGUUCUUAAGCCAAAAACAGACACAAGAAUAUAUGCUUUCUUUUAAAAAUUCUAACUUGGUUACCACUCAGAGCAGCAGCAUAUAUCUGGUUUUAAGAUAGAUUACUCUUGACUUUGAGAAUUUUCUUUGCAAAAAAUAUCAUCAUUUGUAAGCUUAUCAAGGCAAUUGAUUUCUACAUGAAUUGUGCAAUACUUCCCAAAAGAGCAAAACCAAAGAACAACAGCAGUAGCAGCAACAAUAUUAGUCGUCUUCCGCGUAAAUUGGAAGAAAUCUUACAAUAUGCAGAGCCUGGUGUGGAAGUACUUUUGGAUGGACAAAUCAGGGUAUAUGUAUAUCCCCAAUUACAAAACUAUCCAUGUUUUAUACUGUAUAUAUAUACGCGUGUUCGUCUAUAUUAAUUGAUGUAUUAUAUAUGCUACAGUAUUGGAUUGAUACAAGGACAAAGGCAAAAUGCUUCUUCUUGUAUGCCAAAAAUCUACAUGUCCUAUGGUCAGAAGAAAGCAGCAAGUGGAGUCUGCCCCAAUAUAAAGAGCAUCCAAGGUAAUUAAUCUGCAUUAUGAGAUAUAUCUCUUACCUUUUAGUAGACUUUCAUCAAUUUCCAAUGUCUUCUUGAGUACAAAUGAGCAGUUGAAGGAUCUCCCUGAGAAGGGCUUUAUUAGGCCAAGCCUUCUCACCAUGAGGCGCACCUGUUUUGUAUGUCGGAAAGAAGGAUAGGUCGCUAAGGAUGUGUGUAGGAUAAUGUAUGAAGAAAAAAAAUAUAUUCGUGACAUGUUUAGGAAGUAUUAAUCAAUCCUCUGCAUUCCCACUAAAGCACUUAAGGGGCAUUUCUACACUUAGAUAUAGAAUGUUAAAACCACUCAUAGACACACUAAUGCACUUAUUUUCAAUUGAUUAUGUGUGCAGUGAUCAACCUGUUCAAGUUUACGAAAUGGAAACAGUUCUAUCACUAGCUGUUGGUGGAAGUUUUGAUGCAGAAAAGCUUUCAAGGGGAGUAGAGUACAAGGUUUCACUUGUGGUGUUAUUGAAGAAAUUUCUUUCAGGAUGGGAAUCUCCACUGCAAACAAUACUUGUUAAGCCUGAUGGUACCAAAGAACAUCAAAGUAUUGAAGAUCUUAUGGAAAAACCAAAAAGAGAAUGGAUAAAAAUUCAACUAGGGACUUUCAUCAUUCCACAAGAAAUGGAAAGUAUCACAAAUUUGGAAUUCUAUGUGCAUGAAAGGAAAGGUAGAAAACUUAAGAUGGGACUGGUUAUUAAAGGUGUUGAAGUUUCUGUCUAAAUUCUUCUACUAAAUAUUAUGAGUAACAAAAUAAAACUUACAAUAAUAGAGAUGUCAUAUUCCUCAAACAGCAUUUCAAUGCCAUUAGGGUGUUCGCUGCCAAAAGUGCAAAAAAGUUCUAUGCACUGACCAUGUAAAAAUAGUUACACAAUCAGGUCACAUUUAUAGGGUAAUAGUAUUGACUGACGAUCUAGAAAAAAAAAACAUGUUAAGUUACACCAAUGAUCGUAAACUAUCAUUUCAAUAAGUAUGGUGUUGUUGACAAAUGCCAAACAAUGCAAAAACCCAUAGUGAACCCCAUUUUUCUCUACUACUUAAAUGAUUUCACUUGGGUUCUUGCCAAGUAUUAAUCCAUGAUCCUCUUGUAACUGAUUGAAUUUCCAUAUCGUUAAUUUAAUUCAUCGUAACAAGCAUAAUCAAGGAUUCAAAUCAGAGUGUCAAUUUACACAAAGAAGAAGAAAAGAUAAGUGACUUCACAAAGCAAUUUCAUCGACCAUUGAAGGAAUAAUUCUUUUGUAGAAGAAUAACUUGUACACAGGGUGAAUUUGUCAAGGAAGAAGAGAAUCAGAUGCUUUAAGCUAAGAUUUUGAGUCACUUAUAUAAAGAAAAAAAAACAGCAUAGCAUCAAACUUUAUGGCAAAAUAUCAAGUGGUCAUCAAGCUUGUUUUUCUCCAUAUCUAGUUAAUAUAAUAUUAGACUAGGAGAAAAUUGUUAAUAAUCUCUUAAGAUGGGUGCAAAGCAAUCAAUUAAGAAUCCAAAAAAUAGAGAGCGAACGUCUGUGAAGACAGAAGAACCAAGCAAGCUAAGACCAGAAAGAAGCAAAACUGAUGUCAAUUAUAAUGCAGAAACUACAAAUAUAAGAGUCCAGCCUCCAUAUAUAAGACCUCAGCUUCCAUAUUAUCUGAAUGAGAUCUUGAAAGAAGCAGACUCUCCGUUGGAGAUUGAUAUAUUGUCCACAGAGCGACUAUAUGAACAGCUAUAUAAUGGAGUCCACCUCAAACAAAAUAAGAAGGUAGAGCAACUUAAGUUUCCCUUCUUCUUCUUCUCUGCGAACUUCUUUUUAUCCUUAUCUUAUACAGAAAAGUACUGGAUUGACAGAACGAAUAACGCAAACUGCUUUAUGUUAUAUGCAAAAGAUCUCUCAAUCACUUGGGGAGAAGACAAUCGUUACUGGGAUUGGGUAGAUAUAAAAGAGACAAGUGAUGAAAAAUUUUUAGCAGCAGAACUAAAAACUGUGUGUUGGCUGGAAGUUUGUGGGAGGUUUGAUACAGAAGCACUUGCGCCAGAAAAAUUGUACGAGGUAGUGUUCAUGGUGAAGAUAAAAGAAAAUGCAGAUGGACUGGAAUCAAUUACAUUGAGGCUUAUCAUUCCAAAUAAGUCAAGCAACGAUGUUACAGUAAAUCUGAUGAAUGUAACAGAAAGAGAAAAAUGGAUAGAAGUGCCAGUAGGUGAGUUCUUCACGAUCAGUGAGAUUAAGAGGAAGAAGAAGAGGGAGGAGAUUGAGAUUUUUCUAUAUGAAACCGAGAAACUGAAUUGUAAACAGGGUUUAGUCAUCAAAGGUAUUGUUAUUCGUCCCAAAGUGUCCUGAGAUUUUCCGUCUGGGUGAUUUACAAGAAUGACUUUGGAGGUGGAUGAUCUUGAACUUAUAAUCUUGCUUGCCCCAUUAACAGAACAUCAAGUUUCGACUUUUGGCCUUGAAGGUUUACCCAUGUGGCAAAAGUUCAAGACCAGCUAUUUCCAAGGUCAUUAGGUGUUAAUUUCCUAAAGAAUAAGAAGCUUAUGUAAUUUAUUUUGGAGA